AUGAAAAAUGCAAAAGCUACUGGACCCGAUGAAGUACCAGCAGAAGCAUGGAAAAGUUUGGGCGAUGAUGGAGUGGAUCUCUUGUGGGAUCUUUUCAGUAAGAUCUAUGAUCAAGGAAAGAUGCCCAAUGCAUGGAGGGAGAGUGUGAUCAUACCAAUAUAUAAAGAAAAGGGGGACAUACAAGAAAAAACGUAUGAUAGGGUGCCAAGAGGAGAAGUAUGGAGGUGUUUGAGGGAAAGGAAUGUGUCUGAAAAGUACAUCAGAUUAGUGCAGGAUAUGUAUGAGGGGGCAACAACGCAAGCAAGGUCGAGCGUUGGACUGACAGAAAAAUUCUCUGUCGCAGUUGGACUCCAUCAAGGGUCUUCUCUGAGUCCGCACAUCUUUGACCUGAUAAUGGAUGUCUUGGGCCAAAACAUCAUCGCACAGCCCCUUGGGAUAUGUUGUUUGCGGACGACAUAG